GCUUCCCGUAGGCGGCUGCCGGUUCCCGCCCAGACGCGGCGACGAUGCUGAUUGGCUGAAAGAGAGGAGCGGGGAGGGAGGGAGGAAGGCGGGGUCCUUUUGGCGCAGGCGCAGUGGAGAGGGUGGUUCAGUGAGGAGGCGGCGGGGCGGCGGCGCGGACGGUUGUGGUGUUGGCGCGCGCGCGCUCAAGAUGAGUGAAUCUCUGGUGGUUUGUGAUGUUGCUGAAGACCUGGUGGAGAAGCUGCGAAAAUUCCGGUUCCGUAAAGAAACCAACAAUGCUGCCAUUAUAAUGAAAAUCGACAAGGAUAAGCAGUUGGUGGUACUGGAUGAGGAGCAUGAGGGUAUUUCCCCAGAUGAGCUAAAAGAUGAGCUGCCUGAGAGACAACCUCGAUUUAUUGUGUACAGUUACAAGUAUCAGCAUGAAGAUGGAAGAGUUUCUUAUCCGUUGUGCUUUAUCUUCUCCAGUCCUGUUGGAUGCAAGCCUGAGCAGCAGAUGAUGUAUGCUGGGAGCAAGAAUAAGCUUGUACAGACAGCUGAACUCACUAAGGUAUUUGAAAUAAGAAAUACAGAAGAUCUAACCGAAGAAUGGCUGCGUGAGAAACUGGGCUUCUUCCAUUAAGAAAACCUCUGCCAUGAGUAUUUAUGUACCAUCCUGAUCGUACUGGAACCAGACAUGAAUUCUUACAGCUAAGAAUGCACUGUAUUUGCAUCUUGUUUCCUGCAGUAUGUCUCUUGUGCAAAGUUUGUGCAAAGAAUAGCAGGUCUGUCUCCUUGAAGUAACAAAUCUUUGCAGAUGUACCUGGUAAAAGGGAAUACUCCUCUGCAGGGAAUCCUUUUGCACUCUUGUGACUAAUAUUUCUACAACUAAAAUAGUUCAGUUCUGAGUUUAUAUACAGGCAUAAUUUGGAAGCUGAUGCUAACUUUCUGAGCUACAAAUGCAUCCUUACGACGUGUAGUAGCCAUUUAUAUGCAAAAACUGUGUACUGUCAUUAUUGUCAGAAUUUAUGAUGUCCUCUCAACUUUUAAACCAUUUAGUGUUCAACAGACAGAAUCCUUGUACAGCAGAUCCAUUUAUCCCUCUGUGUUCUGUCCACGGGAACUUCCUCAAAUUCUUGGAACUCAUUCUUGUCAUUCCAGUAAUUCCUCAGCUGACUGAGGCAGUCCUACUAAAUUUCAGGGCUUGGACUGUCCAGUUCUCAUGCAGAUGCAGUCUUACAGGGACUAGAAGAUCACCAAGGGCUGAGUUACGACUCUGGUUCCUCUCACACCAGACGUCUGGCGUUUCUCACUUACUACACUGUUAAGAAGUUUACCUCUUUGCUCCUUUCCUCUUACACGAACACCUGUGAAUACUGUGUGCCUUUAAUUUGUUAGCUUUAAAAGGACUUGAGAAUUUUACACUGCCACUUAAUACAAAUUUGGUAAAAACCUUUGUUAAAGAAUCCAAGUAACGUUCUUCCUAGUGCCUAGUGCUGCAGAUGACAUCUGUAAAACAGGAGCUAACCUCCUUGUCUGAGCAAUUCCAGUCAUCUGCUCUGUUCCUAGGAGUCCAGGAGGUUGAAGCUUUUCAUGGUACUGAUUUAUAUCUUUUUUGUUAUACGAGUUGGCCACACGUAGCUUUUUCAGUAUUUUAAUGACAGUCUCUAAUUUUCUUAACUGCUUGUUAGUCAGAAUUACAUUCCAGAUGAAAGCUUUUGCAUACAGGAUUUGAUUUAUUUUUUUUUUUCAGUGACUUACGGUUCAUCUCUUUGAAACAGUCAAGAUUCUAAUGUGCAAAUAGUGUGUAACUUUUAUAAAUGACCUUUUUACAGAGCCAUUUUAUACUGAGUAGAGUAGCUGCCUGCUGUGGGACGUCGUGUUCAGCCAACGCAGUGGCAGGAGGAGUGCUGGUGUGUGACAGCAUCUCACUGUCUUAUCGUGUUUGUUGUGCUGCUGAGUGAGUGUGUGGAAGAGCAGCUUCCUGCUGAAAACAUACCUUAAAACACAGCUGCCCUACCAACUCUGCUUGGUGAGGAAGGUUGUUAAAUCUGGAGGCCAGUAUUUCAUGCUGUGAAACCUUUGCCAAAUGAAGGCCUGGUUGUUUUGUUUUGUUUUUGUUUGUAGGCAUAUGUUGUUAGUGUUCUAACACUAAUAGAGAUCGCAAGGGAUUGAUUUGCAGAGGUCCUCAGUGUGGAUAGAUUUCUUAGUUUGAUGUUACUGCUCAUUUCUUUGUAUGUGGAUCUGACUUGAGAGGAGCUCUUCAAAAUACGUGUUAGAAUGAUUCAAUCAAAUUGAUCUUUCAGUUCUGAAAGGAAAUGCUUGUAAUGAAAAUACAAUUUCUCUGGUGAACUGGAAAACCAAUUUCAUUUCCCUGGACGAAAAAAGAUGUUGACUAUGAAACUGCUUGAUCGUUCUCUGCUACCACCUUUUAUUUCUUAACAAACGUUGUGUAAGUAAGACUUAACUUUAGAAGAAUGAUGUCAGUGAUGGCAUCAGUGUUGAGGCAGCAGAAGUCUUGUUUCCUUGGUGUUGUGCUGCAGGUAAGGCCUGUUAAAGUGCAGCGUGGCUGAAGAAAAUUUGCCACUUGAAAUAUUCAACUUGACAUUUUUUUGAUUGGGAAAACUGGAUCAAUAGCUCUUAUUACUGUAUUUCAUACACUGCUGGGCUGCCAGCAUCCAACUGCUGCUUGCACAGGUCUCAACAAAAAUACCUGUAAAAAGGAGACUCUGGAGGAGAGGGAAGGAGCUGCUGCAGUCAGAUGAGUGAAGCAGGUUCUGCAUCUCUGCAUCGCUCCGCCUUCUGCUGAACAACCUCUGCUACUUGAGAUCAUGGCCGUGUAGUGGAGCUCUUCAUUUGGAGUUCUUUACUGUUCACUUUGAGUGUUCUUGCUUCUUCCACUUAGGGAUUUCUGCCUUAGAUGCUGCCCUUUGAGUCUUGCAGAAAGCAAACUAGUGCUAAAGCCCACGAUCUUGGGGAAGGUGGUAUUGAUGCUGCUCAGCCUGCCAGUAUUACUUUUGUAACAGCCUUGCUUCACAGCUGUGGCUCCUUCCCUGCUUUGAGCUGUGGCAGUGAGGAAGCAGCUGCAGGUGCUUGAAGGAAGAAUACACAGAGGAUGUUUGCCAUUCUAGGCUUGUUGUUUUCUUGUUUCCAGUGUUUUGGCACGAUUAUCUGCCAAGUGCUGUCCCAGGCCCUUGAGAUGUAGGUAAUGCUAAUACUUGCUUAAGCAAAGACAUUGAUGAUAUCCAAAUCUGUUCCGCACAAAUGCUUUUCUUUGUUAUUUGUCCCACCUUAUCUAUGUAUAUUCCUUAAUCCUCCCCCUUUAAGAUCAGAGGGAGGUUGGUGUGUCUGUGUUCAGAAGGCCAGUAUAUUCUGACUGUGAUUUGCUGUUACCUGACACCACGUGCUUGUCUUGUAUUUUCAGAUCUCUAAAGAUGGUUCAAACAAGACAAAUUUAAUGCAGCCUAUGGGAGCCUUUGUAGCUGAAAGGUCUGAGAGUCAGCAUUUUCCAUUGUGAGCUCCUAUUUUUCAGGAGUUUGUGAAUUGGCCAUAAAAUCUUUGGCCAAGAGUUUAAGGUCUUUCAUGAAGAGACUUCUGCCACGGUUUUGCUUUCAGUAUUGACUAGAUGGCUGGGAUACAGCUCUUGUAAUCCUGCUCAUUGAUUGUGAACUGAAUUAAAGCAUGAAUUUGCAUGGCAACCCAUAAAAUGAAUUUGUAACGUUCAGAUAUUUUUUAACUAACUGUAAAUGCUGAUAUUUGAUGGUUCAAGUGUGUUUCUAGAAUCAUGGACUCUGUUUUGAGCUUUCAGAGAAGGCAAUAAUGAUGAUGUUGACACCUUUCCACUUCUCCAAAGGAGCAUCUUGUGUAUUUGUACCAAGAUUCCAUUUUUGUACCUUUAACUGUAAAAUAAAUAGUCCAGAAAUAAAGUUAAGCAAGCAGAGGGGGUCUGAGUCAAACACUCAAAAGCAAGGGGUGCUGACAACUCCUCGUGUCGCUGUGCUUGCAAGGACUUUUGGAGUCACACCUUUUGAUACGUGCAACCAGUGACUGCGAAGCGCAGCUGUGCUGUGACGUGAGGACUGAGGCUCUUUGCUUUUGCUGCGUGGCCCAGGCUCGCUGUGCCUCGUGCACUGUGGUCUGUCCACGUUGGCAUCAGUGCUGCAGGUGGCAAAAAGGUGGGAGGGAUUCACGGCCAGUCUUGGAACUCAGCAGUUCCAUGAGCAUACCAGUAACCAGUGCAACUUCCAUAUGCUGUUUAGUCUCUGCUAGUUCAUAUUGCAUGUUCACUUUAAACCAAAUCUUUUUUGCUAAGCAUGGUGCUUGUAUUGGUAUAAAUAAAAUGUUUAAUUAAGA